GAAGGCAGGCAGAGUAGCCAGCAGAGGCUUAGAAGCAGAAAGCAGCAUUCAGGUUGUACUUCACAUUUAUAGUCAGAUCAACUUUGAGGCAUGAUGAAUUCUAGAAGGACACGACGUAGAACAUCUGGUCGUAGGGCCAACUCUAACCUAAGCCUAUGUUGUUGCCUUCCUUUGUUUAAAUGUCAUCGACGUUCCAAGAAUAAGCAGCGGGCGUCGGAGAUCCCUCUCUCCCAGCUUCUGAGGUACCCGCCAGUGACGAGGUCAGCGAUCACCGAAUACGGGGCUCGGAGUCUCGGACUCGGUCGGGAGCGGGCUCGCCCGACGGGAUGUGUGGUGGUGCUGGAUACAGACAGCUCCUGUUCGAGUGCUCCUGAAGAGGCGAUGCUACCAUUCGCUUCUCUGGAGGAUCCCUGGGACGAAGAAGACAUGGAGGUGUUCGGCAGCGGCAGUGCGAGCAGCGGCAGCGAGCCACAGCUGCUGUAUAUCCAGACGGCAAGGAAGCCUGUACAACAAAAUGAAUACCACGAGGUAAAUGUUCCUAAAGUGGUUGACGAGCCAAUGGAAGAGGGAGAACCAGAACCUUGCCUGGAUGAGGAUGUUAAAGAAAUCCCCAUUACAAAUCAUGUUAAAGAAGGAUAUGAGAAGGCAGAUCCUGCACAGUUUGACUUGCUCAAGGUUCUUGGUCAGGGAUCUUUUGGAAAGGUUUUUCUUGUUAGGAAGAAGACUGGUCCUGAUGCUGGGCAGCUCUAUGCAAUGAAGGUGUUGAGAAAAGCUUGUCUAAAAGUUCGAGACCGAGUUCGCACAAAGAUGGAGAGGGAUAUUCUGGUGGAAGUAAAUCAUCCAUUUAUCGUCAAAUUACACUAUGCCUUUCAGACUGAAGGAAAGCUGUAUUUAAUUUUGGAUUUCCUCAGGGGAGGAGAUGUCUUCACAAGAUUAUCUAAAGAGGUUCUUUUUACAGAGGAAGAUGUGAAAUUCUACCUUGCAGAAUUGGCCUUGGCUUUGGAUCAUCUGCACCGUCUAGGAAUUGUGUAUAGAGACCUGAAGCCAGAGAACAUCUUACUUGAUGAAAUAGGACAUAUCAAGUUAACAGAUUUUGGGCUUAGCAAAGAGUCAGUGGAUCAAGAAAAGAAGGCCUACUCAUUUUGUGGCACUGUGGAGUAUAUGGCUCCUGAAGUAGUAAAUAGACGAGGCCAUUCUCAGAGUGCUGAUUGGUGGUCUUAUGGUGUACUUAUGUUUGAAAUGCUUACUGGCACUUUGCCAUUUCAAGGUAAAGACAGAAAUGAAACCAUGAAUAUGAUACUCAAAGCAAAACUUGGAAUGCCUCAAUUUCUUAGUGCUGAAGCACAAAGUCUUUUAAGGAUGUUAUUCAAAAGGAAUCCAGCAAAUAGAUUGGGAUCAGAGGGAGUAGAAGAAGUCAAAAGACAUGCUUUUUUUGCAUCUGUUGACUGGAACAAAUUAUAUAAAAGAGAAGUUCAGCCUCCUUUCAGACCUGCUUCUGGAAAACCAGAUGAUACUUUUUGUUUCGAUCCUGAAUUUACUGCCAAAACACCUAAAGAUUCUCCUGGUUUGCCAGCCAGUGCAAAUGCUCAUCAACUCUUCAAAGGAUUCAGCUUUGUUGCAACUUCUAUUGCAGAAGAAUAUAAGAUCACUCCUGUUACAAGUGCAAAUGUAUUACCAAUUGUCCAGAUAAAUGGAAAUGCUGCUCAAUUUAGUGAAGUCUAUGAAUUGAAAGAAGAUAUUGGUAUUGGUUCUUACUCUGUUUGCAAGCGAUGCAUACAUUCAGAUUCCAACAUGGAGUUUGCAGUGAAGAUCAUUGACAAAAAUAAACGCGACCCCUCAGAAGAAAUUGAAAUUCUGAUGCGCUACCAACAACAUCCCAACAUUAUCACUUUAAAGGAUGUCUUUGAUGAUGGGAAAUAUGUUUACCUUGUUACGGAUCUGAUGAAAGGAGGAGAACUACUGGAUCGUAUUCUCAAACAAAAGUGUUUCUCAGAACAGGAAGCUCGAGAUGUAUUGUAUGUAAUAACCAAAACAGUUGAAUAUCUUCAUUGUCAAGGAGUUGUUCAUCGUGAUCUUAAGCCCAGUAAUAUUUUGUACAUGGAUGAAUCAGCCAAUGCAGAUUCAAUUAAGAUUUGUGAUUUUGGGUUUGCCAAACAGCUUCGAGGAGAAAAUGGACUUCUGUUAACUCCGUGCUACACUGCAAACUUUGUGGCACCUGAGGUUCUCACUCAGCAGGGAUAUGAUGCUGCUUGUGAUAUUUGGAGCUUGGGAGUGCUUUUUUACACUAUGUUGGCUGGCUACACUCCAUUUUCCAAUGGACCCAAUGAUACUCCUGAAGAAAUACUCCUGCAUAUAGGCAAUGGGAAGUUCCCUUUGAGUGGUGGAAACUGGGACAAUAUUUCAGAUGGAGCUAAGGAUUUGCUUUCUCAUAUGCUUCACAUGGACCCACAUCAGCGUUAUACUGCUGAACAAGUAUUAAAGCACUCUUGGAUAACCCACAGAGAGCAGUUGCCAAGGGAUCAGCCAAAGACAAAUGAUGCAUCACAUGUUGUGACGGAAGCAGUGGUUGCAACAUAUACUACCUUGACUCCCAAGACUUUUCAAACAAUCCUUGAGCCUGUUGCUGCUUCGAGUUUAGCUCAGAGACGGAGCAUGAAAAAGCGAACGUCAACUGGCGUGUAAGAUUCAUACUAUUCCUCAGCUAACUGGAUGAAGAGAAAAUUAAAUGUGUUGUGGGUUGCUUUUCUUUGGUUUAGACCUAAUCUUAUAUCAAAGGUGUUUUUACCUGCCACAUUACUUGAAAAUUCUAUUUAAAGCCUCUCUUUUUGGGAGGUUAGAAUUUUAAACGAAUAUACAUAGGUCCAUAAUAUUCAUGCUAUGUCAUUUUUCAGUAGUGUCCAAAUGUUUAACUACAUAAUUUAUGUCCAUAAGGUCUUAACAACUUCUCUGCACAUUAACUCCCCAAAUUCAUUUCAAACAAAGUAAGCCUGUUAUUAUUAUUUUACACAAAAUGCUUUUCAUGUCAUAAAUGUUAUAAUACUAAACAAUAACAGUAUCUUCAACAUCAUGUGCUGAAGAGUAACAUUUUGUCCUUAAAGAAAAACAGAAGUAUUCUAGUAGCUUGUGCAUAGCCAAAUCACUCCAUUCAUUUGAGUCUGUUUAGAUACUAAAUGUAGUGAGUAGUUUGGUGCCGGAGCAAAGUGCAUUUGUGCUAAUAUAUGAAUUCCUGAUACGGUUGCUGCUGAAGUUUUGAUAGAAUAAUUAAAUCACAAAUAAUGUGUGCAGACAGGUUUGUAUAUUACCGUAAAUGGUUUCUCCUAGAGAAAGUUUCCAUAGGCUUCUAAUGUUUUUCAGCUAAUUGAAUUGUAGCAAAAGUGAAGAUGUUUUUAUCUAGAGGUUUCAUGUUGGUCUUGUAAUCUCCUAAAUAUGUCAGUUAAGCCUUUGGCUAUGAAGUACAUGGUGUUGAUGUGAUCUUGAUGUUACAUAAGCUGACUUUGAAGUUAACCAGUUGAAUUUAGUCAUCAUCUGUCCCCUUUAUAAGUGGAGCUACACUAUUGUAUUUCUGAUUCCCAUGUGAUUUGAGCAUAUCAUUCCACCUUGAUUCCUAUAGUGAUGUAGUUGAAGUUUUAUUAUAGUGGGCUUGUACACUUAGCACAUAGGAAACCAUAUCAUGCAUUUCAGUAAGCAUUAGACAAUUCUACAUAUUGGUUGUACUUCAAGAAAAUAAUCUAACAUUUUGAAUAAGAAAACAACAUUAAUGAUUCACACAGAAAUUUGAACACAUUUAAAAAGCAUAUUCAUAUAAACCAGCCAAAUUGGUUUUUAUCAAAUUUAUGACUCAAAACCACUGUAUAGUAUGUAUUGUUUUAUUUAAAUGCUGAAUUUUUAAAAACUCAUUUUUUGUUGUAAAGGAAAAUACCAUUAAGUACUACUACUGACAUAAAUAAUUCAUGAAUGUAAACUGGAGGAUAUCAGUUUUGUUUAGUGAAUAGAAAUGUAUACUUGUGUGUGCUAGUUGUACUGUUGGCUGUGCAUUUUACUUUGCUUAGUUCAGAAAGAACUGAUCACUGAGUAUGUGGUUUAGGCUAGGAGACAUGUAAUGUUGGUAUUUAUUAAAACAAACUAUAUGUAUUCUCUUUAAAAUGUAAGUGAUCUGUAUCCAUGCACAAAUAUCUGUUUCCCACAUGUGAUAUAUAAAGGUAUGUAUUCUUA